GGAUUUUGGGUUAGUUUGUAUUAGGUUAGGUCUCGUACCUAGCUUGAUCUAACCUACACAAGAAGUGGGAUCGUUGUAUAAAGUGGUAUACUGUGUCAAAGUUCUACCUAUAUUGUGAAAUAGAAUUUAAAUUAUAUGCUAACAUUUAAAAAGAUGGCUGUUCUCGGUUCACGCUAGAGUCAGGUGGAAUGGGAGACGUGUCCACAGUAUAUAAAAGAGCGAUGCUACGACGAAUCGGCUUCUGAACUGGGGCUGAUUUAUACGUUGGAUUGUUCAUAUUGUUCUUGUAAUUAGACAAUACGAAUUAUCCUCGCAAUGUCCCUCAGUCAGACAAGUGUGUAUAUGUUGAUUACAGCUAAAACUAUAUAAUACUGUGAUAGAGGAUGUUAUAUCAGGCGUAAGAGAAUCAUUUAUAGACGAAGGUGUAGAUGAACAAGUACUACAAGAGCUCAAACAAAUAUGGGAAACUAAAUUAAUGUCUAGUAAAGCUGUUGAACUAAAUCCAGAUCCUCCAGAGCCUCAGGUUCCUCAAAUAAAUACACACAAAGCUGUGCCUGUUAAUAAAGGUAAUAUAGGAAAUCAUUUUGUACAACAAACAGGAGGAAAUUCAGCUCCUCAACAAGCAACACAACAGCAGCAACAACAAUCACAACAGGCUCCUCAACAAACGCAAACUCAGACACAAUGCCAUUCCACUACAACUGGCAUACAGCAACAUACUGGUGCACCAGUGCAGCAGUUAGUGACACAGACGUCUGCAGUGAUGGACCGACAAGUACCUAUUCAAAUAACAUUACCACCACAAACAGGUGUACCAGAUGCUCCUCAAAGAAUUCUAACUAUACAGGUUCCUGCAUCUGCAAUCCAAGGUAAUCAGUUGCAUACAAUUUUGACGGGUCCAGUUAUUUCAGCAGCAAUAGGAUUGCCAGCAAAUCUGGCUUCCACAUUGCUCCAGCAGCAUGUCAAUUCCACACUUCAGGGCCAAGCAUUGGCACCCCUCCAAGUUAGUCAGCCUCUUCAAGUAGUCACACAAAAUGCAAAUAAUGUCUCUCAACGGCCUGUUCAAAAUCAGAAUAACAUAGCACAGUUAGAUGGUCCACUUGGAGAUUCAUCAGAUGAUGAUGAAGAAGAAGAAGAAGAAGACAACGAAGAUGAAGAAGAAGAUCUUGAUGAUAAAGAAGAAGAAGAAAAUGAUGAAGCUGCAGCAAGAGAAGAAGAACCAUUAAAUUCGGAAGAUGAUGUAACGGAUGACGACCCAGCAGAUCUUUUUGAUACUGAUAAUGUAGUUGUUUGUCAAUAUGAUAAGAUAACAAGGAGUAGAAACAAAUGGAAAUUCUACCUCAAAGACGGUAUAAUGAACCUCAGCGGUAAGGAUUAUGUUUUUCAGAAAAUGAAUGGUGAUGCGGAGUGGUAAAAGUAAAUAUAUAGAGUUAUAAAAGUAAACCUGAUAAUGUGUUCACAUGAAAUUGGUAUCAGAUUUCGUUCUGAAUUUAUUCCGAAAGAAAAGUUAAAAUUUUCUUUUGAGUAAAAAGUGAUUGUAAGAAACAGAGAAGUUAACCAUUAUUUUCAAAUCGUUUUUAAAGCUUAAUUGAAGUUUUUAUUUGUCGGAUCAAAAAUGCAUUGAAAUCCUGAAAUAUUCAAUUGAUUCAUUAACGUUAGUUUUAUGUGAGAGUAAUUUUACAUAAUAAAUUACUAGACUUAAAGUACAAGCAAAUUUUAAUUAUAAACGGGUUGAAAUUGUAUUUUGAAGUCAAGGUGUUAAAAGUUCUACCUUGUACUUUAAUAAAACUUCUGUUUCUGGAGUAAGCAAAUUUUCAUACUUGGAAUUAAAAAUCAUGAAAACUAUUAGUUUAGUUUAAAUCGUAAAAAAGGAUUAUAGAAUAAUCAUGGUUUCAAUGCACAAUUUAAUGUUAAAUAACGAAGAAAUUUUUUUAAAUAGGGGUCCCUUGCGAAUAUUCUUUCACAUUAUCAAUUUACCGUGUAAAUAGAUUUUAAGGAAUUGCAAUUUACUAUAAAUAUGUGAUGCUCUUAAAAAUAAAUGUGUCUUAUACUGUUAAAAACCUUAA